AUGGCAGGGAACCUGAAAAAAGGCGUAGGGAUUAUCGGAAUGAUGAAGGAUGCCUUCCAGCCACACCAUCACCAUCUCCACUCCCAUCACCAGCCGGGGGCCGUUGACAAGAAGACGGUGGAGAAAUGCUGGAAACUGAUGGACAAGGUGGUGCGGUUGUGCCAAAACCCCAAAUUGGCUCUGAAGAACAGCCCCCCUUACAUCCUGGACUUGCUGCCAGACACCUACCAGCACCUGCGCACCAUCCUGUCCCGCUACGAGGGAAAAAUGGAGACCCUAGGGGACAAUGAAUACUUUCGCGUCUUCAUGGAGAACCUGACUAAGAAGACCAAGCAGACCAUCAGCUUGUUUAAAGAAGGGAAGGAGCGAAUGUACGAGGAAAAUUCUCAACCCAGGCGAAAUCUCACCAAGCUGUCGCUGAUCUUCAGUCACAUGCUGGCUGAGCUGAAGGCCAUCUUCCCCAGUGGCCUGUUUCAGGGGGACAACUUCCGCAUCACUAAAGCAGAUGCAGCAGAGUUCUGGAGACGCGCCUUUGGGGACAAAACCAUUGUGCCUUGGAAGGUUUUCCGCCAGUCGCUCCACGAGUUUCAUCCCAUCAGCUCCGGGUUGGAGGCGAUGGCCCUCAAGUCCACCAUAGACCUCACCUGCAAUGAUUACAUAUCUGUCUUUGAGUUUGACAUCUUCACCAGGUUAUUCCAGCCCUGGUCAUCACUGCUGCGGAACUGGAACAGCUUGGCAGUUACUCACCCGGGGUACAUGGCUUUCCUCACCUACGAUGAGGUCAAAGCUCGGCUACAAAAGUUUAUCCACAAGCCUGGCAGCUACAUCUUCCGGCUGAGCUGUACGCGGCUGGGCCAGUGGGCUAUUGGUUAUGUGACGGCAGACGGAAACAUUCUCCAGACCAUUCCCCAUAACAAACCCCUCUUCCAGGCCCUCAUCGACGGUUUUAGGGAAGGAUUUUAUUUAUUCCCCGAUGGCCGAACCCAAAACCCCGACCUGACAGGGCUGUGUGAGCCCUCGCCUCAAGACCACAUCAAAGUCACACAGGAGCAAUAUGAGCUGUACUGUGAGAUGGGCUCCACUUUCCAGCUCUGUAAGAUCUGUGCAGAGAAUGACAAAGACGUGAAGAUUGAACCUUGUGGCCAUCUCAUGUGCACCUCCUGUCUCACUGCCUGGCAGGAGUCGGAGGGCCAGGGCACGGGAUGUCCCUUCUGCCGCUGCGAGAUUAAAGGUACGGAGCCCAUUGUCGUCGACCCUUUCGACCCCAAGGACAACAGCAGAGGCUCUUGUCGAGGCACACUGGGAGCUGAAGGUGCACCUUCGCCCAGCUACGACGACGAUGACGACGACAGGCUGGAAGACCCCCACCUUAUGAUGAAAGAACUCGCCUCUGCAAAAGUGGAACGCCCCCCUUCACCCAUGUCCACAGCCCCUCAGUCCUCUCUUCCUCCAGUGCCUCCCAGACUCGAUCUGUUACCACACAGACCUCCAAGCACCUCUGGUGCUUCCAGUCCGGGGGUCACCAGUAAGGCAGCUACUCAUCACAAAGACAAGCCUCUUCCUCCGCCCCCCUCACUGCGGGAGCUUCCCCCUCCCCCUCCUCCCGACCGGCCCCACACAGCCGGGGCGGCCCCUGAUGGCCGACUUCAGAGACGGCCUCUACCCUCCACCCCAGUGGAACCCCUUCGAGAUAAGCUCCCUCCUACGCCCCCCAACCGCCCUCUCUCCGACUGGAACUCCAGGCCCGUUCCCAAAGCGCCCAUCUCAUCUUCAUCCUCGUCUUCGUCAUCCUCCUCCUCGUCCACGCAAGUGUCCAGUUUAGGGGGAGACAUCCGAGCAGGGGUCAGGGAUCUGUCCAACAGACACUCCCUGCCCCUGGCGCUGCCGUCCGCUCUGGACAACCACGCUGAGUCCCAGACCAACAACAGUACCAACAGUCUGGACCACCAACUGAUUUUCAGCACACUCAGUAAUCCAGAUUAUGACAACCCCAAAGUGAAACCCUCGGCCUCGGCCAAUGCAAUCUACUCACUGGCAAACAGACCGUCUCCGGUCUUCAGGCCAGUAACGGGAGAUGAGACCCACGACAGCGAGGACGACUCUGAAUACAUGAUCCCCUCUUCUCGACCCAUCACCGCCCCCCCUGCAGCCGAAAUCCCACCUAUCCCUAGACCCCUGUCAACCCCCCAAUCACAGACACAACCUUCUAGUUCCAACUCAAGGUCGACGCCGGCUGACCUAGACGAUGCACCUUUCAUGUAUGAAGCCAUGUUCCACAUCCAGUCCAGGUCACAACAAGCCACAGAUUCAGAUUAUUCCGAUUUGCCACCUUUAUCCGUGGCGAACGGUCCCAGAGAACAUGCAGCCGAAGACGUGGAGGAAGCUAACAGCGAUUACGACUGCCCAAAGCCCCGACUGCCGCUGCCCCCCGCCCGGAGAACUCUUUCAGAAAUCGGCUCUUCAUCCUCCUCCUCCUCCUCGUCCUGCUCCUCCUCUACUAUGGCUUUCAGCCGUCUUUCUCUGGAUUCAGAUGCUGGAGCUGCAGCUUCUUUGUCGGAGCCUCUGGAAGCGCCAGAAAGACCCCCAAAGCCUCUGCCCAGACGGAUCAACUCCGAGCGCCGGCCCAGCCCCGUCCCACCUGUCCCCGGAGCGGCCGGCGGAGAAGCCAACCCCCAGAUCAGCAGCGAGAUCGAGCACCUCAUGAGUCAGGGAUACUCGUACCAGGACAUCCAGAAGGCACUGAUGAUUGCACAGAACAAUGUAGAAAUGGCCAAGAAUAUUCUACGCGAGUUUGUCUCCGUUCCCUCCACCGCUCACAUCCUCACAUAGCACACCGCUGCACCUCUGUUCGCUCUGUCGCCCUCGCUUGGCCCGGCUCCGUUCGGUUCUGUUCGGGUCGGUAGCUGAAAGCCUACUGUGUGGAGCGCUGGCUGCCUCCCGUGUCGUCUAACGCCUCUCGCCCCCUGUGGAUCUAACUGGCUGUUUCUCCAGGCUUACAGCAUCUCUGGGAUUCUGCGCCCUGCACUCCAAGCGCUUUGAACAAGCCGUUUUUUUUUGUUUGUUUGUUUGUUUUUUCUUUGGCUGCAUCAGCAUCUCCCCAGGAGUGACUCGACGCCCGCGCAGCAGCCACAACCUGUCAUAGGAAUGCUGGGAAAGACGGAAGCCUCUCGCUGACAAAUGUUACCAACACCUCAUGAAUCAAACUAAAAGUGUAUAUCUAUAUGAAAAAUUUAAUAUAUGAGUGAAAAUAUAUUAAAUGUGUGUAAUAUAUACAGUACGUGCAUAUAAGAUAUGUGAAGAAAAAAGUCAGCUUUGAGGGUCGGUACAAACGACAGACAGGAAAUCCAGAAGAGGAAGGGCUUCUGUCCCACCAGAAGGGGGUGUGUUUGUCAGCAGAGCUUUUUUUAACGAAGGCCCUUUUUGGUUCAUGUCGCUUUGGUACGCUUGAUGUCUUGUUUUGUUUUUUACCCAAAGUAGCAUGACGACGGUUUCAGAUCUGGCCUCUGUGCUGGCAGUUUUUGUGUUGUGUGUGCGUGAGUGUGAGCAUGACAAACUUUCCCCCCCUCCCCCCUCAACAAACUUCUGUACAAAGUGAAUGUGGAAAUCCAGCCGGUGUACUCGGACUCUUUGAACGUACUACUGCUCCAUGUGGCUCCAGUGCAGCUGUGAGAUGAUGAAAGGAUCGACGGCCUUGCUGUUGUGGCAGACCGGUUUGGUGGUGCGUAACCCACGGCGACGGCAAUGUUCUUGUCUUUCUUUAACCUCACUGACUGGCUCAGGCUCCUCGUCUUUAGUCUUUUGUUACGAAACAUUGAUUUAUGACAUAUUGUACCAUGUUCAUAAGUCUGUCAGAAGUGCUUCACUGCUGCUACUAUUAGUGCUAAACAACAAAGCCUUAAAUGUACAUUUGUGAAUAUCGUUUGAGCAGUUUCUUUACAGUGACAGUAUCUUUUUUUUUUUUUCCAGUUCAUAAUGUAGCAUACUUGAAAAUGAAAGCAGCUUGAAA